AUGGCGUCUUCCUCUAUCUCCUCAUCCUCACUCUCCACUCUCCGAAAAUCCAUCGCCAUUGCUAAUUGCACCCCCAAUUCCAACUUUCCUUCAAUCUCAUUCCCAAAUUUUCAGCAAAAAAUCCUACCACAAACCCUAACCAUUCAUCACAAACACCUGACGCACUCCUCCACCACCUCCACCGCCGUCCCCGCCGUAUCUCCACCGCGAUCCCUCAAAUCCCGCCUCAAGAACGGCGAGACUCUAUACGGCAUCUUCCUCCUCACCUUCUCUCCUACGCUCGCCGAAAUCGCAGGUCUCGCCGGCAACGACAUCGCCGUGGUGGACUAG